AUGGUUACUUUGUACUGUGUCGUCGUUGGUGUGGCUGGGAGCGCGUUCCCUGUGGACAUUGACGAGAACAAGUCCGUGGGGCACUUGAAGGACGCGAUCAAGGAGAAGAACGCAUCGACGAUCACAUGCGACGCCAAGAACCUGCAGCUCUUCCUGGCGAUGGCGGGGGGCAACGCAUGGCUAUCGAGCCUCACUGAAGAUGUGAAGAAGCUGAAGAAGGGCGAGAAGACUGCUCUCGUCAAAGUUCUUACGCAAGAAGAAAAGGAGCUGCAGGGAGAGGAUCCGAUUUCUGAGUGUCUAAAAGACAUGGAUCCCCCGAAAGUGAAACAGAUUCACGUGCUGGUGGCGUUGCCUCCUGGGACAAGUAGUGCGCCUAUUUCUGAUGGGACGGACUUCUGGCUGUCGAGAUUUCAACAUUGUGAAGUUGCAAAACUUACGCUACUGCCGACACGCGGAGAUCUAAAUGAAUUUAUCGGACAACCUCUCCCUGUAAAGAUUGGGUUACCGCAGUCUGUGUUUCAAGCUUGGUCGAGUCCAUUGAUACUAGGCCAACCUCUUCGAGAUAAAUUGUUCGAGCUAAACGACAUUUCGCCGUGCGAAUUUUUAAAAGAUUCGGUGUUUAGCGCUGCGUUCCUGUACCCGCAGGUGGAUGGGGAUGCCACAGAGAGUGCAUUUCAUUAUUUCUGGGACUCAAUUAUCCGUGUGGUGCUCGGGUUUGUGUUUAGGCGUGCUUACAUCAACCGGGAUUCGAGCAGGAAAUCCUCGUCAGGUUUGAAGCGACCCGACUUUUUGUUUGCUUUGGAUCAUAUCUGUGUUUUUCGUGGUGAGGAGAAAGAACCUCGUACUUCUAUCACUGUGCCUCGUGAGGAGCUCUCUAAAAAGCUGGUGUGGUCUUACGGUGGAGUGCCGUAUGUGUUUGGCUAUGCUGCGUCGGGCUUCGAGCUAGAAUUAUUUGCUAUCUAUCAAGACGUCACGGGCAACGUUAAAACCCACCUUAUUGGAGGGUUUAACUUGCAGCAUGCGCCGGAACGUUUUCGACUUGUACUGGCACUUCUGAAUUUGUGUCUGCUUUUCCCGGCAAUUGUGCAAAACUGUCCGGCCUCGGCAGGGACCGAGUUCAUGGACAUCCAUCGCGCCAAUGGCGUCAAGGCGCGGUUGAGUCCGAUUUUCGUCGAUAAGAUCUUUCAUACACAAGAAGAGUAUCGUCGCGUGAAGCAGAUCUACGAUUCUUUGAAAGCUUAUGGGGUUCCUUGUGCCGAUGCAGUCGUCACGGUGGAUUCAGACCAAUUGAGGUUGACACUUAAGCCCCGCGGCAUUGAGAUGAAGCCAUGCAGCUUGAGUGAACUGUUCGUCGCGCUCGGGAACGUUCUCGAGGCCCUUGUAGUCCUCCAUCGCAACGGGUGGAUGCACAGAGACAUCCGUUGGUCUAACGUGAUCAAGCAUAUCGACCGCGUUGAAUGGUUUUUGAUCGACUUCGCUGAUGCAGCUCAAAGUCCGCAGAAAUAUCCCAGCGGCGAUCACUUGACGCACGACGAACACGCUUCAGACAUUUUUAUGGAAGGUGGAUCCCACACGACUGCGGUUGACUUAUGGGCCGUGGGAUACCUGGUGAAGACAAGUAAGAUUGAACGGGAAUGGACUGCGGAGCCCGAAAGAGCGCUUUUCCUAGAUCGGUUGAUGAACCCAGACCCGAGUGCUCGGCCGACGGCAGACGAAGCCUUACAGCUUCUGUCACGUUUUGAACGUGAAGCUGCUGAGCAGGAAUCACAGGGGCAAGGGUGUGCGCAAGAAGCACAGACGUGCCUGAAUUUUUACAUCGCUAUGGCACUACCAUUACGCGCUCAUACAUACUUUCGAAUGUAUGAGAAAUCUCUGUUGACGAGAGAAACUCGUUUGACACACGCAGCAGCUAUCAUGCGGUGCGAAUGUGGCCACUGGUUGUCGGAUACGCCCGCCUUCACGGCGGCCACCCCGAUACUAUCUAUAGUCGGUUAA